UGUUUCUUCUUUGAUUCUGACGGCUCGGCUUCUGCCUUUUCUCUUUAUCAAUCUCAGCGCCGGCGCGAAUCAUACAUACAAAUCACAAUAAAGGUUCUGACCAUUCGGGCAAGUUAACACGCCUUUAUAAUGGCCGCUGCGCCGGCUCGAGCUCGCGCCGAUUACGAUUAUCUGGUCAAGCUCCUUCUCAUCGGCGAUAGCGGGGUUGGCAAGAGUUGCCUGUUAUUGCGUUUCUCAGAUGAUUCUUUUACAACAAGUUUCAUUACCACUAUUGGGAUUGACUUUAAGAUUCGGACCAUUGAGCUUGAUGGCAAGCGCAUCAAACUGCAAAUAUGGGAUACUGCUGGCCAAGAACGUUUUCGGACAAUCACAACAGCUUAUUACAGGGGAGCCAUGGGUAUAUUGCUGGUCUAUGAUGUCACAGACGAGUCGUCAUUCAACAACAUUAGGAACUGGAUCCGGAACAUUGAACAGCAUGCCUCUGAUAAUGUCAACAAAAUAUUGGUGGGAAACAAAGCUGACAUGGAUGAGAGCAAAAGGGCUGUGCCAACAUCACAGGGCCAAGCACUAGCUGAUGAAUAUGGGAUCAAAUUUUUUGAGACGAGUGCCAAAACAAACUUCAACGUGGAGCAGGUCUUCUUUUCAAUUGCCAGAGACAUAAAGCAAAGAAUAGCAGAGAGUGACUCAAAGACAGAGCCUCUAACCAUCAAGAUUAGUAAACCUGACCCAGCUACCGGUUCGGCUGCUGCCCAAGAGAAAUCAGCAUGCUGUGGUUCUUGAGGUCUUGCAGAUAACAGGAUUGCUCCCUAUUUCCUAUACACGUCUCAUAUGGUCUUAAAAAACUGGGUAGUUGUUUCUAGUUUGCCAUGGCAAACUGGUAGCACACACUCUUACUUUCUUGUUUCUAAAACUAUAGGUGUUGUAAUUUCUCCCUCAAUUUGUAAGAGUUGAAUGCUAUAUAUAUACAAGGUCCGAGAUACUCACCCCGGUUCCUAGUUAACUUUUUAACAAAUUCUAUGCAGGUGCUUGUCCUUGUUUGUUUCUCAA